AUGUCGGCCUCCGCCAGCGCCGCCAUGAAGAAGGCCUAUCCUUCUGUCGACCUGGAGGGCCACAAUCUGCCUCCAUCACCCGCUCCUUCGAGCCCGCAUACGGGUCGACGCUAUGCCAUUGCUACUGAGCUGGUCUACACCGAGGGCAAUGACCAAUACAAUGCCAGCAGCAUUCCCAUCUACCAGAGUGCCACAUUUAAACAAACCUCGGGCGGUGGCGGCGGAGAAUACGAUUACACUCGCUCUGGUAACCCCACACGAACGCAUCUGGAGCGACACCUGGCCAAGAUCAUGUCAGCGCAGCGGGCCCUGGUGGUCUCAUCUGGCAUGGCCGCGUUGGAUGUCAUAACGCGUUUACUACGCCCCGGAGACGAGGUGGUGACCGGGGACGAUCUGUACGGUGGCACAAACCGACUGCUGAAAUACCUGUCGACGCACGGCGGCAUUGUAGUGCACCACGUGGACACGACGCGGCCGGAAGCGGUGCGGGAAGUGUUGAGCGACAAGACCAGUAUGGUACUGCUGGAGACACCGACUAACCCGCUGAUUAAGGUGGUGGAUAUCCCGCAGAUCGCGACGGCGGCACACGAGGCGAACGCGAACUGUCUGGUGGCGGUGGACAACACGAUGCUGUCGCCACUGCUGCUGAAUCCGCUGGAGUUGGGGGCGGAUAUCGUGUACGAGAGCGGCACCAAGUAUCUGUCUGGUCAUCACGAUCUCAUGGCGGGGGUGAUUGCAGUCAAUGACCUAGAACUAGGCGAGCGACUAUACUUCCCGAUCAACGCGUCCGGAUGUGGGUUGUCGCCGUUCGAUUCGUGGCUGCUGAUGCGCGGGGUCAAGACGCUCAAGGUGCGGCUGGACCAGCAGCAGACCAAUGCGCAGCGCAUCGCCGAGUUCCUCGAGUCGCACGGGUUCAAGGUGCGGUAUCCAGGGCUGCGGUCGCAUCCGCAGUAUGCGCUGCACCACUCGAUGGCGCGGGGGUCCGGGGCGGUGCUGUCGUUCGAGACGGGCGAUGUGGGGGUGAGCGAGCGUAUUGUCGAGAGUGCUAAAUUGUGGGCGAUCAGCGUGAGUUUCGGGUGCGUGAACAGUCUGAUCAGUAUGCCGUGUCGGAUGAGUCACGCCAGUAUUGAUGCGAAGACGCGGGCGGAGCGAGCAAUGCCGGAGGAUCUGAUCCGGUUGUGUGUGGGGAUUGAAGAUGUGGAUGAUUUGAUUGAUGAUCUACGACGAGCGUUGGUGCAAGCGGGCGCGGUUAACGUGAGAUUGGAUGAUAUCGAGGCGAGUCAGUAA